AUGAAUCCAUCCGUCGGGAAUGAUAUAAGGGAUUUCGUUCAGCGAUUUCACGAGUUGCAAGUGCAUAGAGAUACGAUGGAUAAUCUGUUCAAGGACCUCGUGAUAUACUGCAAUCAGGUCGAAAAUGAACUUCGCCAUGAAAGUCAGAGACUGCUCAAUGCCCAGAUAGAUCUUCAAAAUGCGGCAAAUCUCAGAUCAGAUCUGGAGCGUCGCGUUCGUCUUUAUGAGGCCCAGGAGGAAGAUGCAAAAGACAAAGCGGAAAAAGAAAUGGACAAACUAAAGAACCACAAUCCUUAUGUCAUGGUAUUGAUAGAUGGCGAUGGCCUUAUGUUCCGAGAUACAUGGAUUAAGCAAGGUCUUGAAGGUGGUAAAAAAGUCGCAUAUGCCUUACGGGCUGCCGUGGCAGAAAGAUUUGGCGAAGAGGCCGAGGGCUUGGAGAUUGUGGCCAAAGUUGUAGCGAAUCUUUCUGGUUUGAGCAGAGCAAUGCAGCGAGAUGGCUGUGUGGAUAGCCCAAGCAUUCUAAAAGAUUUUACGCUCGGCUUCACUCAAGCUAAAGCUACAUUCGACUAUAUUGAUGUUGGCUACGGCAAAGAAAGAGCCGAUUCCAAAAUUAAAGAAACGACUAGGUGGCAUCUGCGAAAUCACAAUUGUAAGCAUAUAAUGCUCGGAAUUUCGCAUGAUGCUGGCUAUGCUCCUUUCUUGGACGAAACUCUUCAAAACGAGGCUACCCGACAGAGGAUUAGCAUCAUCGAAGGCGUCGCUACUGUGCCUGAUCUUGUUGCGACCAAUGUCAAGAUUGAAAAACUUGGGGGCGGCCUCUUCCGUGACGACAAGCUUUCUGAUAAAUACCCCACGCUGGCUCAAAUAGCAUCUAGCCAAUCGCCCCCAGCUCAGUUGAUUGCAUCUCGCACAGCCAGCCCGGCUAUAAGCGCCGGCUCCAGCCAAACUCGCACUCCGACCAUGUCCUAUGCCGGCAUCGUUUCGAGUGCCAGCCCGCCGCCACAGAUUACGCUUCCUUUUACGCUUCCACGAAAACAGCAGACGCCGUCUGGAACGGGAUCUUGGCGAGAAAAGUCCCAGGCUCGUGUCCAAUCUGAGUCACAGUACCAACUGAUCCCGUCUAGCAUACCAGACAAUUGGAAUCCUGGCCGCCGUGGUUUUGAUGAACCCAUCAGAGUGAAUAUACAAGUAAUGGAAACGAUCAAAAAGCGAAAAGAUAACGACAAGCUAUGCAAUAAUCACUACCUCCGAGGGCCCUGCGCGAAGAAGGACAUUUGCCCGUUUGCCCACGAUUACAAGAUCAACGAGGAUGAGAUAAAGGCGGUUGCUGUGCUGGCUCGCCAGAAUCCAUGCUCAUCUGGCCAGUAUUGCGAGGCAGAAGACUGUAUAUAUGGCCACCAUUGCCCUAGCAUCCGGGAUGGCGUUUGCGUUCACCCUUUUUGCAAAUUCGCAGAAGACGCUCAUCCUCCUGGAACAAAAUAUAAGAAUGCUUACAUCCAUGCCAAUUAG